AUGAUAGAGACAACCGUUCGACCUUCGAAGAAAAAGAAGCAAGACAAAACUCCAAUCGGGACUGAUUGUGACCCACUUCUUCCAUCAACCAUCAAGUCAUCUAACCACCCUCGAGUAUUAAAAAAACUAACCAAAAAAGCCCGAGCUAAAUCAACUACAAUCCAACCCCCAACUUCAUUCAUCACAUCUAUCCCACUUUCAAAACCGAAUUCUACUCUAGACUUGAAUCUUAAUAAAAGAGAAGAAAAACGAAAAUCAAGUAAAGUGGAAAGGUUUCCAUCUUUCGAUUUAGAAAAAGGGACGAUCAUCAGUUCAGUUGGUUCGGUUCAUCGGUUACCAAACCUUACGGGACUUUGGAUUAAGACUUGUUGUACUCAAGCCAGUGGAUUGAUUCCACGAGAGUUGAAUGGAUUUAAAAGUAUUCAACAGAUGAUGGUUGGUCAAAAGAAUUUGAAUGAUCGAAUGGAGAUGUGUCAGAUUAGUGAUGGGUUUAGUUUUGAAGAUCGGUUGAAGAUUAAUUCAGUUGAGAGGAUGGUAAUGGGUCAGUUUCCUUUGAGUAAGUUGAGAACUGAACAAGAAGAAUUGGCUUUGGAAAUCGAUUGAGGUUUACCAAGAAUUCGUCUUUCUCUUCUUUUUCUUUAUCUGGCUUUCGGGUUUUGAUUUCAUCAUUGAUAUACCUAACCCAGAUCUAUUCAUUUUUUCUCUUUGCUUUUUCUCGUUUUAUCUCUCUUCUCUCUCUUUGCUUCAAUUUGACGAUUCUUCUUGUAUAAAAACAUCCUCAUUGACAUCACUUCUUCAUCAUCAUUUUUUUUGUUUAGUUCUUUGAAUGUAUGUAAUUCAAACACCAAAAUCAUUUAAUUUAUUUGCAAAAAAAUUGUAUACAAAAGCAAACAAAAAGUUUUUUUUCCUUCUUUUUUUUUGAUCUCUAACUACACAUUUUUUUUUUCAUAAAAGAAGCCAAAUCAUCAUCAUUAUUAACACAUUCCUUUUUUUUCUCCUUUUUUUUUUGGGAAGUUUUUUUUUUUUUACUUUUUUUCAAAAAUAAAAAAAUCCAAAAUUGGUUGAUUUUAACAAUUUUUAGUAAGAAAUCAACCUUUUAUACGCGUUAUUUAUGUGAAUUUAAAUGAAGUAAAAUAAGUAGUUGUAGUGUAGUGAGUUUGAUUUAAUUCUGGUUUUUGUCAAAAUCAAAAUGAUUUUAUUUACCAAGG